AUGGCAACCACGACCACCGCCGCCGCGCUGAGCAUGAAGCUCCUCAUCGACCGGAAGGCGCAGCGGGUGCUGUUCGCGGAGACGAGCAAGGAGGUCGUCGACUUCCUCUUCUCCCUCCUCGCCCUCCCCGUCGCCACGGUGGUGAAGCUGGUGGGGAAGGAAGCCAUGGUGGGCUGCGUCGGCAACCUCUACGCCAGCGUCGACAAGCUCGACUCCACCUACUUCCAGCCCGGCGCCGCCAAGGACGCGCUCCUCUACCCCACCGUGCUUUCGUCGGCGGCAAGCGCCACCCUCCUCCGCCUGCCGGCGGCGCCGCCGUCCCCCGGGCAGCCGAAGACCUCGUACAGAUGCACGAACACCUACAACAGCAACUGCCGCACCUACAUCGCUGACACGCACGGCAAGGCGUGCCCGACCUGCGGCAUCCAGAUGACGACGGCAGCGCAGUAUCUCCAGUCGACGGGGCCCGACGGCUCCGGCCAGGCGGUGCCGAAGCCCGAGCAAUCGAAAGGUUUCGUGCAGGGCAUCGUGACGUACACGGUGCUGGACAACCUGACGGUGACGCCCAUGUCCACCAUCUCUGGCAUCACCAUGCUCAACACCUUUGCGGUUACGGACCUCGGCGAUCUCCAGGAGAAGACUGUCAAGCUCGGCUACAACGAGGGCUUGGCGAUCCUCAAGGCGUCGCUGCAGUCCAAGACCGUCCUCACCGACGUCUUCCUCACCAGCAACAAGAAGUCCUCCGCCCGCGGUCGUGCUUGA